UGAGAAGCUCCUCUCCGCUCCGCAUCAUCAUCAUCAUCCUCGUCUGCAGACAAAUUGCGAGCGGGGAGCGGCGAUAAAAUGUCAUGCUGAGCGGUUGCAAGUCUCUCGCAGACAUGUGUGGACUCUCACCUACCUCUUCCAGCCGCAACAAGUCGCCCUCAACAUGCGGAUCCACCGCAAAGUAGUUGUGAUCGCCGUCUGCUUCGGAGUUUUCCUACUUUUGUACUUUUUAGGGGGGAACGCCGCUGACGAUCCGCCGCUGAGAGAAGUUGCGCAGGAAGACGAAGAGGAAGAUGCCAGAAACAGUUUGCCAGAGGUCGUCGGAGCGAAGUUUGCGAGGAAACCCGUCGCCGGGUUCGGCGUGGAGGAUCCCCCCGGGGGUCGCGAAGGAGAGUCGGCCAUCGACAGAGGGGCCUUGGUACAUGCCAAGAGUAAAUCACAAAUGAAGGCAGGACGAGCGGUUACCAAGCGAGGCCGGCCUGAGGAAGUCAUGCACCUGGCCGUGGUGGCCUGUGGGAAUCGUCUGGAUGAGACCCUUACCCUGGUGAAGUCAGCCCUCCUGUUCAGCCUCAAGAAGAUCAAGUUUCACAUUUUUGCCGAAGACCCCUUAACUGCACAAUUUAAGGAAAAGCUGGACCAGUGGCCACGUUCUGUCUCCAAAAAGUUCCUGUACGCCCUCUAUCCCAUCACCUUCUCUGUGGGCGACGCUGAAGAAUGGAAGAGGCUCUUCAAACCCUGCGCCGCCCAGCGACUAUUCCUCCCCGUGAUCUUGAAGGAUGUGGACUCGCUGCUCUACGUAGACACAGACGUGCUGUUCCUCCGGCCCAUGGACGACAUCUGGCGCCUCCUGAAGUCCUUCAACAGCACCCAGCUGGCAGCGAUGGCUCCAGAGCACGAGGUUCCCAAGAUCGGGUGGUACAGCCGCUUUGCCCGCCACCCCUUCUACGGGGUCACAGGAGUCAACUCGGGCGUCAUGCUGAUGAAUCUGACAAGAAUACGAAGCACGGUGUUUAAAAACAGUAUGAUCCCCACCGGCCUGUCAUGGGGGGAUCUUUUGCAUCCACUUUAUCAGAAGUACAAGAACCACAUCACCUGGGGAGACCAGGACCUCCUGAACAUUAUCUUUCAUUACAACCCAGAGUGCCUCUUUAUCUUCCCCUGCCAGUGGAACUAUAGACCCGAUCACUGCAUGUACGGCAGUAACUGUAAGGGAGCUGAGGAGGAGGGGGUGUCCAUUCUGCAUGGCAAUCGCGGGGUGUACCACGACGACAAGCAGCCCGCCUUUAAAGUGGUAUAUGAUGCAAUACGUGAUUUUCCUUUUGAGGACAACAUGUUCCAGUCACUCUUCUACCCCAUCCAGACCAAGUUCCUGGACACUGUCCACACCCUGUGUGGUCGAAUUCCUCAGGUUUUUCUCAAGCAGAUAGAGAAGACCAUGAGGAAAGUGUUUGAGGAGAGAGUGGUUCACCAUGUCAGGCCACGGGACUAAGUGGACUUUGGAGUAGAGAUGGCCAACUGACACCUCCUGAACCGCUGGGGCUCUGUCCAAUAUCACUAAAAGGUUCAUUACUCGGGCUCUCUGAGGUAUUUGUGUCGAUCACAUGAAUCUUACUUGCGUGUCACCUAAGCUUUUGCUUUCCAACCGGUAAAAUCAGAAUUAUGUUGUUGCAAAAGGAACGCAUUGACCAAAUGAACUCAGAACUCUUUGGUGCAAGAUGUGAACCAUUAUGAACAGAAAAAAUACAGCGCUCAAAAUGAAGCUUCAUCUGCUCAAACACACGCUUCAACCCAGACCAUAUCAGACACUUCUCACACUUGAUUUGGCCCGUUCCGAAUCUACCCGCAUGGACUCUACCUGACAAUGACUGCCAGCUGCCAUCUUCUACAUUAAAAAAUGACAUGACACAAGACACUUCCUGGAUGAUGGUUGUCAAAAUAAUAAUGAUAAUAAUAAUAAUCAUAAGGCUGUGUAGAGAAGCAUACAGUGCUGGUCAGUGAUGCUGUGGAGUAUAAAGAGCCUUAUUGCUGUCUUUUAUUGAAUUUUUACAUGUGAAAAAUAUGACUCCAUUUAUUCAUUCAUGUUCACGUUUUGAAGAUACACUCAGAUGCAAUCAUCAUUUUUCAACCUUCCAGACGUUUAGACCUUGUGAAGCUUCAUGAACAACUCUUUAAAGGUGUGAAUAUUUCACUCGAGUGAAAGAAGAAGCAUGCUAAGUGCAGCACAGACCACUUAUGGUAUUAGGUUAAAAGAAAAGAAAAGUGUAGGGUUUUUUUUAUUUUAAUAUCUCAUAGAAUACUGAGAUGCACUUUCAAAAUCAAGUUGACACUUGAUCACCUGGGAGACUUUGUGAUGUGAUUUAAAACCAAAAGUGCUCAAGCUGAGUAUGUGCCAUAUGUUUCGCCUGGAAUGAUGUGAAUGACAUGAAUGUUCUUGUGUUUUUGUGCAUAGCUUGUAAUAUGUGGGAGAUAUGGCUGUUUUAUGUGUUCGAUCCCAGUCAUUUUAACUGGAGACCAUUCAGUGUGUUUCUAAAUAAA